AUGUCGCCUAGCAAUGACAUUUUUCUAUUGAAAACUCAGUUUCUUCUUCACAUCUAUUCUGUAGUUUGUGAAGAUGUGGCUGGAACGGAAUUCUCUUUUGAUUCUAUUACUGAUGGGGUGGCUGGAUGCAGCAUACCGGAUUUUAGCGGAAUUGACCCUAAAUCACUACUUUCAUUGUUUGGUGACAGGAAUACCGACAAACUUGAUUGCAAAUGGUUAGAAUCCAAAUUUGAAGUAUACGAUGAAGAAACAAAGAAAGUAACAUUUGCCUACAAUGGACAGUGUUGCACUAAAACAGGGGCAGAAGCUGUGUUGAAAAUUGGAGUAGAAACAAUGGAUACAGAAUUAAUUGCUCCAUCAAACGAAAGAAAAUGACACUUCUAACAAGUAAACUGUAUUGCAUUGAAGGAGCAUGUGGCGACAUGGAAGUUUGGACUAAUUGCUCUGAUACUUCCACUACAGACCUCAUUACUUCUACGAGUCUCUCUACUCAAACCCGCUCAGAAGAAUCCACAACUUCUUCGCCAUACAAUUACACAUGCUCAUGGUUAAGUGAAACUUUUUCUGUCAAAGAGAAUGAAGUAGUACUUUUGGAAUAUGACGGAGAGUGUGAAACCGAUAUUGCUUGUGAUUAUUUGAAGACGACUUCUUUCUGGGAAUCAAUUGCAGAAACGGAUUAUUUGGAGAGAAAUCACAACAAUGACCCUUGGGGAGACGGUGUAACUUUCGGCGGAAAAAUGUUUGAUACUACGAUGAAAAAGUAUGAGGCACUCGUUUCAACAUUGUAUUGUAUUGAAAAUGCUUGUAAAAUUCCAAAACGUUGGACAAAUUGUUCAUUUGUUACGGAACCAACUCCGUCUUCUACAUCCUCAGAAACUACACCGGAAACAACUAGAAAAAGCAGACCAAAUCCAGGAAAGCCCACUCCAGAUGUAACUUAUUCUUCAUCUACUGAUUCAACAACUGCGAUCACUAGCCAUUCAACGUCCGAGCUACACGACUACAGUCCAACAUUUAAAAGUACCGAAAGUACCACGUCAGUGACGCAAACUACUGAAAAAGGACCUGAUUCAGACGAUACUUCUCCGGUUGGAAGCUCCACUUCUUCAUCAGCUUUUACUUCAGAAAAGACUACAAAAAAAGGGUCAACGGAUACAACAACAUCAGUAGAGCUUUCUACUUCAAAAUUCGAUGACGUCUCGCCAAUAACUGAUAAAAAGGAACCCUCCAGAAAUAACGAUAAUCCUAAAUUUACUCCAAGCCUCGCUACAGGAAAAACCAGGACAACUACAACAUCAGUUGACUCCACACCAGAUAACAAUUCGGGAAUUUCGAAAUCCAAUGAAGCAGUACCAGAUGGAGAUUACCAAAGCACACCCAUUACAACUGAGACUACCUCAACGAAAACAACAAAUAUCUUUACUAGUACAAAAGUUACAAGGGAACCCCGUGAAGAUGAUCCUCACAGAGAUGAUAGCACUACAGAUUCAAAAACUACAACCUCAUUAGACUAUGAAAGUACUCCUACAAGUACGCAAUCAACAGCAUCAACAAAAAGUAGCACAUCGGAAGGUAUAACAACAUCAGAACAAACAUCUCACCGCAUGUUUUCAGCCUCGAAAACUCCGGAUAUAAUCCCAGAUGAAGGCGACCAGUCAACUAAUACUACAAUUAAAACAUCUACAGUAUCGAUUAAAAAUCAACCAACGGACAGAAUAUCACCAUCCGAUAAUUCUGGGGACCCAUCGAGCUCGAAAAAGUACACUUCUCGCCGUACAUCUACAGAUGCAGAAUCUACUACAAACCAUCAAAAUCCAUCAGAAUCCACCCUGGCAGCCUCUUCUGGUGUGAGCUCAACCACUGUAACUCAAUCGUCUAUUCCAACUGAAAAGUCUACAACCGUUGAUUAUACUGCUACAACAGUAUCUACAAAAUCUCAUUCUACAAUUACAGUGACUGAACCUUCAUCGAAAAAGUCUACAUUGACAUCAGAACCAACCUCUUCCUCCGAAACUCGCUCCACUGCUUUGACCUUGUCAACAGAGAGCACAUACUCUCCUGGAAGUUCCGGAGCAUCAGAAGAUCCGAAUUUGUUGAAAAUUACAAUAAGUACUGCUGGGACAUCACCCCAUGCCAGCUCACAAACAACUCAGAAAGCAGGUGGUGUGACAUCUACUAAAACAAGCACCGACCCGGGAGUUACAAGAAGCUCCAAUGGAACUAGGAGUACAGGAUCCACUGAUGCUAUGUCUGGAGGAACAACCACAAUUACAAUAAAUUCACAUAGAUCCACAGUCCCCGGAAUCACGGUAACAGCAGUCACAGAAAAAACAAAACCAUCGACAGCAAACCAUCCAGCAUUUACCAAGAUUUUUCCUAUUACUAUGAAUCUUGAAUCAUAUCAUUUUCAGUCUACCAUCACUGCCACUACAAUCAACUUUACUGGAACUAGUGAAAUAUCGUCUGAACUAACACCAACUUCUCCAGGCUCCGCUUCCAAAACGACAAGUGGAAUGGCGAAAAGGGCAAGCAGCUCCAAACAUCCCAGUGCGGUCACUUCUUCUGCCCGAUCAUCUGCAGUAACAUCUGGGCUUACAAAUAAUUCUACUGAAAAGAAAACUCAAAACUCUACCACAGCGGCUUCAAGUGUUUCUACACAAGUUCCCAACAGUUCGGCCAGUUCUAGUAAAUCAUCAGAAACAACUAGAACUUCACAAAUUCCUGCUUUUGGAACUAAAACUGCAAACAGUUCAGUAGCAGAACUAUCACCGAGGACUACUGUGAAUACUGGAGAAUCGGCUACAACAAAAGCUACUUCUCCGACCUCUGGAGGAAAUACAACAACAAUAUCAGUUCAAUCUGCAAAUGCGACAGUUGCAGUAACCUUGACUACCAAUACAACUACUCAAACCACUUCUUCGACGACAUCUUUCAAAUCAAAUUUAUCUACUCCACUAGCUCCCAUUCUCUCAGCUGUCUGCUCUCAGCCCAAAAUAGAUCUGAAUAACACAGUCCGCCCGGUCUCGUCGGAUUUGAAAUCAAACUACACUGUUGGAGAGCAAAUUGUGCAUUUGUGCAAAAAUCGUUUUGUUUUCGAAGUUGCUGGACAACCAAUGAAGUUGUAUCAAUGUAUGGCCGAUGGAUCGUGGAGUGGAAAACCUGAAAUAUGUGUUGCAAUGAAACGGGCCGAAUUGUGA